GCACGAAUAAAGCGGCUCAUGCAAGCCGACGAGGAUGUCGGAAAGAUUGCGCAGGCGACUCCAGUUCUCAUGGUACGAGCGCUGGAUUUAUUCGUCGAGGAACUCAUGAACGCAACGACGAGCAUCGCGACCGCGCACAGCGCGAAGACGGCGAGCGCUGGGCACUUGAGGGCGGCGAUCAUGGGGAACGAAAAAUUCGACUUUUUGAAGGACAUCGUCGAAGCUGUUCCAGAU